AUGUCCAUUAAAUUACCUUCAAUAACAGAUUCAGAUUUUGAAUCAAUUUAUGCAUUAGAUGAAAAAGAUUAUAUUUUUAAUCCAAAUAAUGAUAUACCAAUAGAAUCAUUAAUUAAUUAUAAUUUACCAAUCCCACAAGAAUAUAGUGGUCAUUCAAUAAAAAUUCCAGGAACUUCAAAACCAGGAUAUUCUGAAAUUUAUAGAAAUGCAAGUUUACCAAAUAAUUUAAAAAAUUUUAUUGUUCCAGAAUUAAAUACUUAUCAUGCUUUGAUUAAAUCAUCAGUUGAAAGACAUGGUGAUUCAUCUUGUUUGGCUUAUCAUGAAUAUGAUUAUGAGAAUGAUUUACAUUUAGAAAGAUAUAAUUCAUUAACUUAUAAUGAAGUAAAUAAUAAAAAAAUUAAUUUUGCAUCUGGUUUAUUCUUUUUAAUAAAUUCAAAUCCUUUCAAGAAUUUAGAAUUAGAAUCUCAUUUAAAAAUUAUAAAUCAUGAAAGAGAUUAUCAAAAUUAUAAUGAAAAUAAUAUGUCAUUUAUUGUUACAUUUUAUUCAGGUAAUAGAAUUGAAUGGAUUAUAUCAGAUUUAGCAUGUUCUUCAAAUUCUUUAACAUCUACUGCAUUAUAUGAUACAUUAGGUGAAUCAUCAUCAAAAUAUAUUUUAGAAAUUACUCAAUCUCCAAUAAUUAUAUGUUCAAGAAAUAAAAUUGAAAAAUUAAUCGAAUUAAAAAAACAAUAUCCAAAAGAAUUAGAAUCUUUAAUUAUGAUUAUUUCAAUGGAUCCAUUGAAUAAAAAGGCAUCUUCACUAACCAAACUAGCAGAAGAAAAUAAUAUAAAAUUAUAUGAUUUUAUUCAAGUUGAAAAAAUUGGUGAAAUUUUUCCCCAUACUGAAACAUUACCAAAACCUGAAACAACAUAUACAUUAACUUUUACAUCAGGUACUACAUCAAACCCAAAGGGAGUAGUAUUACCUCAUAGAACAAUAGUAGCAGCAUGUUUAUCAUUUGCUUAUUUAAUGCCUCAUCAUAAUAAAAUGAAAGAAUUUGCUUUUUUACCAUUAGCUCAUAUAUUUGAAAGACAUAUGUCAGCAUCAGUAUUAACAUUUGGUGGAGAAGUUGCAUUUCCAAGAUUAGGUGGUUCAGCAAUAACUUUAUUUCAAGAUUUAAAAUUAUACAAACCAACUUUUUUAGCUUGUGUUCCUAGAAUUUUUAGUAAAAUUGAAUCACUAAUUAAAAAUGCUACUAUUGAUUCAAAUUCAACAUUUAAUAGAAUUACAUAUUCACAAGCUUUUGAAACUAAAAGAAUAAAACAAUUAGAAGAUGGAAAUAAAGGAAAUCAUUUUAUAUAUGAUACAAUAUUAAUCAAGAGAUUAAGAUCAUUAAUUGGAUUUGAUAAUAUGGAAGUAUGUUUUACAGGAGGUGCUCCAAUAAGUGGAGAAACUAUAAAAUUUUUAAGAUCAAGUUUAGGUAUUGGAUUUACUCAAGGUUAUGGAUCAAGUGAAUCAUUUGCUGGAAUGUUAAUGGCAUUACCAUUACAAUAUUCAAGUAUUGGUACAUGUGGAGCCAUAGCUCCUACAGUUGAAGCAAGAAUACGUGAAAUUCCAGAAAUGGGAUAUUAUUUAAAUGAUAAAGGAGGACCUCGUGGUGAAUUACAAUUAAGAGGUCCUCAAAUGUUUAGUCACUACUACAAGAAUCCAGAAGAAACUUCAAAAUCUAUUGAUUCAGAAGGUUGGUUUUCAACUGGUGAUGUUAUACAAAUUACAAAUGAAGGUUGGUUUAUAAUAUUUGAUAGAGUUAAAAAUUUUUAUAAAUUAUCUCAAGGUGAAUAUGUUACACCUGAAAAAAUUGAAAAUUUAUAUUUGACUUCAAAUUCAAUUAUAACUCAAGUUUUUGCACAUGGAGAUUUUAAUCAAUCAUAUUUAGUGGGGGUAAUAGGUAUUGAUCCAUUAUCAAUAAAGACAUUUUUAACAAGUAAAUGUAAUAUUCAACCAGAUCAAAUUUCAACAAAUCAAGAUUUAUUGGAAGUGGUAAAUAAAAGAGAAAUUAAAACUUCAAUCUUAUUAUAUUUAAAUACAAAUGUAGGAUCAAAAUUAAAUGGAUUUGAAAAAAUUCAAAAUAUUUAUUUAGAAAUUGAUCCAUUAACUUUAGAUCGUAAUGUUAUUACUCCUACUUCAAAAUUAAAAAGAUCUAUAGCUUCAAAUUUUUUUAAAAAUCAAAUUGAUAUGAUGUAUAAAGAAGGUUCUAUUAUUAAAGAUUUAAAAUUAUAG